UAGUAUUCAAUCGUCCCACCUCUUACCUGCUAGAGGUAAUCGUUGUAAAAGUGCACAAAAUUAACCGAAGAAUGUAAACUUUGAUUCAAAACCACCCAACUUAAACCAACCAGAAAACAUGGAUCAAAAUCAGGAAACUGAAGCGGACUAUUAUGCGUUGAAAAAAUGGGAGCUAGGAUUUCUGAGAAGAGAAUGCGUGAAUCUCGGACUGGAAGCGUUCUACGAUAAGUACAUGGCCAGAGUACAGCGAAGCUAUCUGUCGAUAUUUGUUGUUCUACACACCUUCGUCAGUGUUGCUCAUGUGGUAGUAAUUGUUACUGGAGAUGAACAUCCCCGUGCCGCGAUACAUCCUGAUCUGAUUUGCUACACGUUCGGAACUUUGAUAGUGUGGAUUUCCCUAUUCGCUGCCUUUAAGGAAGGAUUGAUCAAAGCUUACCCCUGGGUCCCGUAUGUGACGUCAUGUGCCGCAGUUUUCACGCUUAUCAUUACAGAUUUGAUGAUACCCCUGUACCAUGCUGUUGUGAGUUUCAUUCAUCCCCCGCUGAGGCCAUCCUACGCGAGUCACAUCAUAUUCGCAAUCUACAUGUUCCUUCCGCUGAGCGAGAAUCUUCACACCAUUAUUCUAGGCAGUGCAACCACCGUUUCCUAUUUAAUUAUAAUGAUACUUAUCACUUACCGGCUGGAAACGGACAUGGGCGUCAAAGUGGUCACGGAACUUGUCUAUUUCGUAUGUUUGAAUCUGUUUGGAUUGUACUUUAGGCUGAUCAACGAAGCUGCGAUCCGUAGAACCUUUCUGGACCGACGGGAGCUCGUCGAAGGAAAUCUUUUGCUGAAGUUUGCCCGGAAUCAGGAGAAAGAACUGCUACUCAGUAUACUGCCGGAGCAUACAGCGGAACUCAUGGAGAAGGAUAUCCGAGUUAUGAUAGAGAAAAUGCGCCAUGGCCGGCGGGAUACAAUCAACACGCAGAAUUUCUUUAAAUCAGGCACACAGUGGAGAUCCAUCAACAAAUUAUACGUACAAAAACAUACCAACGUUACAAUUUUAUACGCCGAUGUCGUUAACUACACCCAUAUCACGACUCAACUGCCAGUACGAACACUCGUUGAUGUGCUGCACGAAUUGUUCGUCAAAUUCGACGAAGCUGCCAAAGAGUAUAACGUGCUGCGGAUCAAGUUCCUGGGGGAUUGCUAUUACUGCGUAUCCGGCGUACCCGUGAAGAACAAGUACCACGCGAAAAGUUGUGUGGACUUAGGCUUGCGAAUGAUUAAGGACAUUCGGGACGUUCGCAUGUCACGUGAAUUAAACAUCGACAUGAGGAUUGGCAUCCAUUCGGGGAGCAUCAUAUCGGGAGUGAUUGGUGCCUGCAAGUGGCAGUACGACAUCUGGUCCAGGGAUGUGAUCAUAGCGAACAAACUGGAAUCCACCGGUGAAUCUGGAAAAGUGCACGUUACUAUGCAGACACUGGAGCUAUUGGAUGGAGAAUACAUCUACGAGGAAGGGACGGAAAAGGCCAAAAACGACCCGAUACUAAAUAAGCACAACAUACAAACGUUCCUCAUUGUUCCUCAAUUUUACGAUGACAGUAACUAUUAUAUGCUGCAAGAUUCCACGCCCAGUAGUCGACUGUCGGUGGGAGUCAAAAGAAAAACGGUUCAGAACAAGAAAGAAAGAAGUCUCAUCAGUCGUAACUUCAUGCAAAAUUCGAUGGAACAGUUCCGGGAUAUUAUGAAGCAAACCAACGUUGAAAUGGCACAAGAACUUGAACGCAUGCCUAUCGGUAGAUUUCAGUUCAAUAAAAUCUUUUCAACUUCUCGUUCCUUAACACAUCAUACGACUUUGAACACGACAUCUAACUUUAACCGGUACAGCAAUGGUGAUAGUCGUUUGGAUAAUAUAUCGCCAUUUUUCAUGUGCUUCGGAGAAAAGCGCUGGGAAUGGCCGUACAUGAAGGAACCCGAUUUGAUGCUGAAGUAUAGCGUUCUGAUGAGCUUUAUUGUUUUCCUUUGCAUUUUUAUUAUUCAAGUACUCAAUAAUGGAUUCGGUUUUUAUUUCUGGAUAAUCAUGCUCACGUCCGGUGCCGUACUGCUGACCUUCAUUCCGAUAACGUGGUUCAAAAAACUCUGGGACGUCUACACUCCGUACUCAUCGGAAGAUUUGCUUCGGGUGCGAAAACCACAAUCCGCCAUUUUGAAGCGACUCUACGAGUUCUCCAAUGGUAUCAUGGAAAAUUUUCCGCUGCGAACUAUCAUCUACCUGAUCACGAUAAUUAUACUAGCCGCCUGUUCGCUGAUUUAUCUGAUAGAUUGCCAAAUAGCUGGUGAAUUACACGAUCCGGAGGAGAGCGCGAUCCUACAAAACCAAAUUUUUGAAGAACUACCACGAUGUACGAACUCCUGGGCUGUUACGCAGUGUCUUACGUUGGCAAUCGGAAUGGCGUUUCUUUUCCUCCGUAUUCACUAUAUCCUGAAGGCGGCCUGCGGGAUCGCAAUCAUGCUGUUUUAUUCGUGGACUAUCUUUUACCGAUUUCACACCGUUUACGAUAACAGUGCCACCAUGAAUCCGGGAAUGAAUCCCAAGGUUGCGCAUCUGAUGGUGAUUGUGUUCACCGUUAUCAUAUUCCACUGGAUUGAUCGUCAGUCGGAGUAUAUCGCGAGAGUGGAUUACAACUGGAAACGGCAACUCUUAAAACAAAAGGAGGAAGCUGAAGUCACAAAGCAAACCAAUAAAAUCCUUGUGGAGAAUAUUUUACCUACCCACGUUGCGGAGAUUUACAUCAAUCGACAGCUCAAAAACGAAUUUUACAACGAAGAGUACAAAAAUGUUGCGGUCAUGUUUGCCACAAUUACCAACAUGGAAAUCAAUGGCGAUAUUUCGGCAGAAAAUGAGAAAAGUGCCUUGAAGGUGCUGAACGAGAUCAUUUGUGAUUUCGACGAAAAGUUGCAAUACUUUGACGGUUACCUGAAGGUGGAAAAGAUCAAAGUCGCAGGCUGGACUUACAUGGCAGCUUGCGGUUUGGAUCCGGGCCGUUGCGAUUCGUCCUCUUCGCUGGGGCCGUUCUGUUCGGUGUCGGGAAUCACUCGUACCUCGCUGAUGACGAACGGCAGAAGGAGUUUGAAUGCGCGAGCUUCGGAAACCGCCAAUCAACCUGCGGAUAGUACCAAUUCUAAUAUUCGACAAAGUAACAAUGUAACGAUCGUGAUGGCUGAAUUUGCACUGGAAUUGAUGCGGGUGCUGCGUGAUUUCAGUAAUGAAAACUUCAAGCAAUCAAACCCUGGGCUACUGAGGGUAGGAAUUUCCAACGGUAAGGUUAUGGCCGGUGUCGUGGGUUCGAGCAAACCGCUGUAUGAUAUCUGGGGAAAUGCGGUCAACAUGGCAUCGCGGAUGGAUUCUACCGGGAUUCCCGGAAAAAUUCAGGUUACUAAGGAAAGUGCCGAGGUUCUGCAGAGCUAUGGCUUCCAGUGUGAAUACCGGGGGAAAAUUUUCGUCAAAGGUCGAGGCAAAAUACCGACGUACUUUGUGAAUGUUAACGAGAAUUUCGAAUUUGUGAAAAAUUAUUCGAUAGAUCUAUCGACUCGGUUGUAGAAUAGUAGGUAUUUGCGUGCAUAUAUUU